AUGAAUGGAGCUUGUAUUCACACAACAGGUUUGGCCAACAAGGAGAUGGAUUUGGAGAUUGGUUUAAAAAAGUAUGAUUUUGUCAAAGAAAACAAAUUAAUAUCACGAGGAGCAAAGGCACUCGGUGAUGCUGGUGUUCCUUAUGCUAAUACAACAUCACAUUCAACAAUAGACAUACCAAGUAUUGGAACUAAAAAGGUUGCUCAAGUGGUAUUGACAGAAAUAGAUCAAACAAUUAAUGGACACAAGACAUUUAGUGAUAGUUUAAAAGUCGACAAAUCAAUUGAAUCAAAUGAAAUGAAAACAAAUACAAUUACUCCUCAAUCGGGUGUAGGUAUUACUAUUAAUGGAACAACAACAGUAAAUAAUCUUGAAAUAAAUGGCAAAGUAAGUAUGCAAUUGCUGGAUAUUGCCAACAUAGAGUGUGAAUCUCUUGCAACAAACAAAAUUACUGGAGAAACAAUUAAUAUUGCACCAAUCAAGUCAUUAUUUAUCAAUUCACCAUCUCUAGAAACAAAUCAGUUAUCAUUUGUCAAUCCAAUACCAGGUUAUAUUCCAACACCAUUGGAUUUCUAUGAAUAUUAUACACACUGGAUUCAAUUUAAAUACAAUUAUUUAUUGGAAGCAUACACAACCAAUCAACUCGAUUCAAUGUCACAGUUGUUCAAUUCGAAUACACCAACACCAGUUCAUUCUUGGGUGAGGAUAUUCAAGUAUCAUCAAACUCGAUCAAGUACAAUCAAAAUUAUUGAUUGGAUAUGGUCAUCACCUAUCAACACACUCGAAGUUAUAUUCCAUUCUCGAUCAGAUUCAGUUGAAUAUGACGAUUGUGGUAGGAUGAAAAUUGGAAAUGAUGUAUCUCCAGGUGAUCAAAUUAUAUGGACUCGAGUUCAAGUUGGAAGAACAUUGCUCAACUGCAAGAUAGCUAGUAGAAUGAUUAUCGACAACUCAAUAAUCAUGCCAUCAAAAGUCACAAUCCUUCCAGAUGAUCCACUCUCUCAACAAACUGACAAACAAGGGUUCAACCUUUUGACAACGUUUCACAUACCAAGGUUCAGCCACUCGGUUGAGCUAGAUCCGGUAUUCAACGCAGUCAUUCUUGAUGAUGACUCUGCCUUGCCAUACGAAUGCAUAGAGACUACAGAUUCACUCCCAAAAGUCAUCGUCUCUGUGCUUUUAUCGAUAUUCCUUCUCUCUAUUACAAUAGUGGCAAUCAUUGUAUGGAAGGUGGAACCCCCAACGAACAGACCAUAUAGAGAAGCAGUAGAAAUGGAUCCUAUUCCAAAUACUGACCAAGAAAACGCUGACCAACAACAACAACAAAAUAAUUAA